CAAAUAGUGAGAGAAGUUUCAGGACUCCGGUAGGUGGCAGUGAAUGUUCUCAGGUAUAGGAGGGCAGGUUGAGUGUGUGUUUGUGUGAAAGGCGGGAGGACGUGUGUGUGCUCCUCUUCUUGCACAAGCGCUCCAUGUUGCGUAGUCCGGGAAAACUGGCGUGGUUUAGUAGCCGAGCGGUCAGGGAGUGGAUGUGAGUGAGUGUGUGUGGAUGUGUGUGUGUGUGAGAGAGAGAGAGCCAGUGACAGAGUUGCGGCAGGGCAGCUCAGAUUCUUUUUUUUUUUUUAAAGUGCCUGUGGCUGCACUCCGCCGGUUCACGCGCACUCCUCCUCGGACCGCCGGAGAGAGUCGCGCGACGAGACUUGUAGGGGGACACGCGCCGAAACCUCUGUCGCGAGCGUGACCCCCGAGGAUUCCCACUUUUUCUCUGUGGCGGACUCUCGUUGCGCCGGCGGAACAACCAAAACAUAAAAAAAGGUGGAACUAAAACUAACAUUCAUUGACUUCAGAGCGAUGAACUGGCAGAAUGGCCAAGUGGUUCAAGGAGCACCUAGGAUUCAAAACUACCAAAGCACCCCCUCCGGCGCCUCCGAAGCCGGACUACAGACACUGUCACACCGGUGUGCCCGGUGCGCCGAGCGGCUCCGGGGCCACCUUCCCGAGCUCGGCUCAGCCGGACAUCCUCACUGCUUACAAACUCCAAAAAGAGCUGGACUUCGAGGACCCGUACACUCCAGGUGGAAACAUUUCCUUCGUGUCGAGCUUGAACACUGUGGCGGCUUCGGACAAGUACGUGUCGCCGAAACACCGACUUAUCAAGGUGGAAACAGUCGAAAAGAGCCCGGCUCCGGGCGGGGGUGUCACCGUCACCCAGGCUGUAGCUGUAGGCAGCGUUAAAUCUCCUACUUCACCUCUGUCGGAGCACGACAACAAGGAAAAGCUGAUUAUUCUUGAAGAUUACGCGGAUCCUUUUGAUGCUGAGCAAGCUGGUGGGGCUCAGACCACCACAGAGAAAGUGACAACUGAGAACGACGGCUACAUGGAGCCAUAUGAGGCCCAGAAGAUGAUGGCAGAAAUCAGGUCUGGUGGUCGAGGCUCUAAGGAAGGGUCUGUCAAGCAGCUGCCUCUGUAUGACACGCCGUACGAGCCAGCCGAGAACGGAGGGGACUCGGACCCCGAGCGCCUACGCUGUCCCAGGGAGAGUCGACUGCCCCAAGAUGACGAGCGACCCCCUGAGGAGUACGACCAGCCGUGGGAGUGGAAGAAGGAGAGGAUUUCUAAAGCCUUUGCAGUAGAGAUUAAAGUGAUCAAGGACCUACCGUGGCCACCUCCUGUCGGCCAACUCAACACCAGCCCUCCACUGGCGGAGGAGCUAGAGUCUCCUUCCCAGACAGCUCAGGCGUCGCCAGGACAGAUGAGCUGUGACCAGCACCACCAUGUCCAAUUUGACGGGGUGGAUAAGUCUCGGAUGUCGCCCACAAAAGAUGGGAAAACCCGCCCUCUGCAGCGUCAUUCCAGUGGCUGUCUGGUCAACACCAAAAUGACUUCACUGGACCACAGCAACUCCUCUCUCGGGGAGAGGAUUGACCCCGCGAUGCCUCUGGAGAGCCAGUUCUGGUACCACGGAGCCAUCAGCCGAACCGAUGCAGAGUCUUUGCUCAGUCUGUGCAAGGAGGCCAGCUACCUUGUAAGAAACAGUGAGACCAGCAAGAAUGACUACUCCCUCUCACUUAAGAGCAGCCAGGGCUUUAUGCAUAUGAAGCUGUCGCGGACGAAGGAGAACAAGUACAUCCUGGGCCAGAAUAGCUGCCCUUUUGACAGCGUGCCAGAGAUCAUCCACUUCUACUCCAGCCGCAAGCUGCCCAUCAAGGGUGCCGAACACAUGUCCCUGCUGUACCCCGUAGCCAUCAGGACACUAUAGUGCCCCAGGUCAUGUGCAGGCGCACAGCUCCUUCAGAACUCACUGGUGCCACCCUGGCGGCUCUACACUUCAUGUUCCUCUGGGCAGAAAGACCCCCCCCCCCCCACCGCAGGAACAUCAACAGUGGCAUCCAAAACUGCUGAUCCUGACUCACCUCGUCGGCCGCCAGAUUCUACACCUGUUUUGAAGGCCACCUUUAUACUCUCAUACAGACAGACUUUAUAACAAAAUAUUUUUAGUUUUUGUUUGUUGAAUUUUUAUUUUAUUUAUGAUGAGCAUCCAUUUAUUGCAUCAGAGACUGACCUUGURAUGAGCAUCAUUUCAGUAACUUGACCUGAGAACCCAUAGCACUUAUCACUCAAAUCAAAAGAGAGGUACAACAUAUCAUUGGUCACUGGAAUCAACCGUGUAUCAUAAACUAUUGUACCUUUUUCCAAUAAGUCAACCACUUCAAAACAGUUGGUGUGUCUCAUUUUGAUUGGCAGUGAUGUUACAGUAAUUAUAUUCCAAAGGGGACUUGAAGAUUGUAAGGGAAGCAACAUUUACGAUGCAUGUUGAGCUGUAUUGUCCAGAUGGGACUCGUACAGCGGCCGGGGUAUUAAAUAAAUUGACCAAGUUUGACUGGUGCAUCCCCAGCUGCGUGUGAACACUGGGCCUGUGAGCCGGGCAGACUGAUCUCUC